UGGAGCGGGAGGCUGGGCUCUUCACCGUUCUCCGGGGGCACGGGGGUGAGGGCGGCCGUGGAACCGCCGAGACCAUGGGACUCCCGUCGACUGUCGCGGGGACCGCGACCCGCUGUGGCCGGGGUCUCCUCGCGGCCCGCCGUCUGUCCGCAGCGUCGCGUCCCGGCGGGCAGGAAUUGAGCCGCCUGCUUCUCGACGACCUGGCGCCCACCCGGCGCCUGGAGCUUCUGUUCGGCCUGUCCCCGUGCCUCCUGGCGCUGCGGGCCGCCCGCCGCCGCGUGACCCGGCUUCUGCUCCAGGCCGGCCCGGCGGGGCUGCGCGGGCCGCGGGCCGAGCUGCUGCGGCUGGCCGAGGCGCGGGCCGUCCCCGUCCUGCGGCCCACGCGGAGCAAGCUGGACGCCCUGUGCCGCUACCAGCUGCACCAGGGCGUCUGCUUGGAAGUGAGCCCGCUGCGGCCCCGACCGUGCCACGAGGCGGCGGCGGAGAGCCCGGGCGACGACCCCCACCGGCUGUGGCUUGUCCUCGAGGGGCUCCAGGAUCCCCGCAAUCUCGGGGCCGUGCUGCGCUCCGCUCACUUCCUCGGAGUGGACACAGUCAUCACCAGCCGGAGAAACAGCUGCCCGCUCACUCCGGUAGUCAGCAAGGCCAGCGCCGGGGCUCUGGAGGUGAUGGACGUGUUCGCCACUCAUGACCUGGCCGGGUUUUUGCAGGCUAAAGCCCAGCAGGGCUGGCUUGUAGCGGGCACAGUGGGCUACCUGGAGCCUGAGAUCUCCCAGUCCUCUGAAGUCCCCAUCACUAGCUGCCUGGAGUUUACCUGGGACAGGCCUACUCUCCUUGUACUGGGGAACGAGGGCUCUGGCCUGUCCAAGGAGGUGCUGGCCUCCUGCCACCUCCUACUGACCAUCCUGCCCGGGCGCCAGCUGCCUCCCGGACUCGAGUCCUUGAAUGUGUCCGUGGCUACAGGGAUUCUGCUCCACUCCAUCUGCAGCCAGAGGAAGGGCUUCCUUGCCGAAGAGAGAGGGCAUCGUCUCCGAAUCCCUUACGAACCCUCAGCUACACCCGGAGGACUCCAACCUCAGCAUACAGGACUGUCCUCAGGAUCAGAAAAAGAGAGACCAGACGGGGGCUGAUGCGGCCUAUAGGGAUAAGCCCGAGAGUCAGGGCGGGUUACAUAUCCAGCCCCAGGCUCUGCUACUUCUGGGUUCUCUGCCUAUAAGAACCCAUUUACUGCUCACAGUAGAUCCUGGAGCAGGGGACUUUGCAACACAGACCAGAGGAAGUUCAGUUUCCUCUCUUCAUGCUGGAGUCGGUAAUUUCUUCAUGUCCCUGGGUGGGAUAGGACAGCAUGGGUGUCUAUCCUCAGUCCUGCCUGGGUGGAAGUCAGGGGACGACUUGGCAUCAAAGGGAUUGAGCAGCCCAGUGCAGAGUCCAAGGCCUGGAGCAGCUGUUGCCUGUGGUGGAAGUGAGGGUGAGGAUGUAGAGGGAGGCUCGUGGACAGCUAUGCAUCCAUCCCCUCGCAGGUGGUUGAGAGAAUAAAAUAAAACUGGAGUGUUCUAUCCAGUUCCUCCAUUA